AUGUCUCACUUUCAUUUCCUUUCUCUUAGAGCGUCUCCUCUCUACCUUUUAUCAAGGCUCUCCCUCUUUUUUCUCCCCUCUCUUACAGAUUCCCUUAGACAAGUAGAAAGAAAAAGAUUAUUGAUCAGCAAGAAUAUUUCUUUUCUUUUUCUCACUCUUAGGAUAUCUCCUCUCGAUCUUUAUCUACAAAACUCUUCCUCUUUCUUUCUUUCUUUCUUUCUUCUUCUUCUCUCUCUUAGGUUCAUCUCUGCCUUUGAUAUACAAGACUCUUCCUCUUUCUUUCUCAUUCUCUCUAAAGAGUGUUUCCUCCCCAUCUUUUAUCUAUGGGACUCUUCCUCUUUCUCCUUCUCUCUAUUAGUCUCCUCUCUAUCUUUUAUCUACAAGACUUUCCUCUUUCUCAUUUUCUCUUUCUCAGAGAGUUUCCCUUAUAUUUUUACCUUUAAGAAUCUUCCUCUUUCUCUUUGUCUACUCUCUAUCAUUUAUUUACAAGACACUUCCUCUUUCUUUCCCCUUCUCUUUCUCGUAGUGUUUCCUCUCUAUCUUUUUAUCUACGCGACUCUAUUUCUUUCUCCUACUCUUAGAGCGCUUUCUCUCUAUCUUUCAUCUACAAGGCUUUUUCUUUUCCACAUUUCUUAG